AUGAUUAAUCUCCUCCGACCGCUCCGGCGACUAAAGAGCUCUUCCGCUCUUGCUCCUUUCCCUGUAAUUUCUCGACAAUCAUUAUGGCAAAAUGUAUACAAUCUCGACAUGACACAAUGUUACGAUCCUUUACUGAACGAAGGAGACUUGCAGAUUAUGCUGGACGUCAUCACAAAAGACGAGGAGCUCUUAGUAGCCGAUGAGUGUUCACGUAUUUUAAAGCGUCGUCGCUACGAAGAGAAUCACUGGGACAAUGCUAUUGUCAAAUUCAAAGAAAUGGAGCGCUCCCGCUGGUCCACUGAGACGCUUCGCGUUCUACAGAAGGUCCGAGAAGCUACCAUUCUACCCAAAGAGCUCAACUAUUUUCCAGCUGUGCAUGUGAUUGAACUUGCUGAAGAUGGCUACAUUAAACCCCACCUCGAUUCUAUCAAGUUUUUUGGUCGAGUAGUGGCUGGUGUCAAUUUGCUAUCUCCUAGUGUCAUGCGAUUCAAAGAAGAGUACGGAGACUCCGUCAUUGACGCCUAUCUGCCACGUCGAUCCAUGUACAUGAUGACCGGAAGGGUUCGGUAUCACUACACGCACGAGAUUGUACCGGGUAUGCAGGUGUUUAAAGGUCAGGUGUCGGUGAACCGCACACAUCGUAUCUCCAUCCUGCUGCGCGAUGAGUUCUUAGAAGAACAUAUCGCCAAGUACUACACACCGUACGCAAAAGUAGACGUCAAGACGCAGUGA